AUGAGUGUGAGUGUCUUCUUCACCUUUGUCGCGCUCGCAGCCGCCGCGCCGACGGCACAGCGCUCUGUGAUCUUCUCGCGAGUGCCCCUGCGUGUGAGCAAGGCACGUAUUCCGCUCCUCUUGCCUCAGCCAGCCCGCACCGCCGCGCUCGACAGCAUCAUUCCCGCCGACCUCUCCGAGGCGGUGCCGCGCCUUCCGGACGGUGACCGGGCAGACUCCAUGACCUUCACCGAGCUCUGUGACGCCAUGGCAUCCGUCAACCGCGGAAAACAGCAGCAGCAGCCAGGGCUGUGGCGACGAGCUGCUGGUUUGGCGUGA